CCAUCUUUUUGUGUGCGGAUACGAAAUGGAUGUUGAUAAGCUGUUCAAGCUACCAAAACUUCCACAAUCAUCAAUCAACAAACGUAAAUGGCAAGAACCUGAUGCAAAUCAGCUAAAAGCAGCUCGGGUAGAAGAUGUUGGAGAAGAAGAUACCAGCGGACCUUCACGUCUGUCUCGUGUACAAGAUAUAGAUCAGGAGGAAGACGCUCCAGAUUUCGCACCUGGAAACGAUGCAGAUUACUUCAUAGACGAAGAUGAUGAAGGCGGUAGAUUCUUCGGAGGAGGCCUAACUUCACAGCAAAAGAGGAUUCUCGAAUUGAUGAAUGGCGCAAAUGCAAAUCAGAAUGACGAGAUCCUAAAACCCGAUCAAGAGCUCAGAACGUUGAGGAAGAACAUCCUGAGGCUGGAAAGAUCAAUAACGAAAAAUCAAGAAAUGCGAGUAAAGUAUCCAGAUGAUCCGCAGAAAUUCUUAGCAUCCGAAGCUGAUUUGCAUGAUGCAAUUCGAUCACUCGUCUCAGUCACCACCAAUCCCGCCCUUCUUUAUCCGGAAUUGGUCAAACAGAAUACAACAGCAUCGCUCUGUAGCUUGCUAGCGCAUGAGAACAUUGACAUAGCUGCAGGUGUGAUUGAGCUCCUAGAAGAAAUCUUUGAUGAUGAUGUUCUGGAUGCCGGUUUGGAAGGACGAACGGAAGAAGAGCAGCUGGGUGAGGAAACAGGACAGAGGAAAGGUCAAGUGGCUGUAGAAUCAGUAUUGGACGCACUUUCUGAGAAUUCAUUGGUGGAUCUGCUCGUUCAGACACUGCCUAGACUACAGGGAGAUGGUCAGUCGGACGGUAAAUCGAUCGCAGCAGAGGCGAACGCGGAGUCUGACUCCGAUGCAACUUUUCAUCUGCUAGGAUUGAUGGAGAACUUGAUCUCGCUACGUGCCUCGCUGGCGGAUGAGCUAUUUGGGUCAACAUUCCUGAAAUGGAUACUAGCCAAAAUUUCACCCAAGACAACAUAUGAUCAAAACAAAGGAUAUGCUGCUGAGCUUUUAUGCAUCUUGCUUCAAGCUGGUCAAUCUUCCGAACAAAGAGCGAUCAAAUUUGGGAAGGAAGGCGGGAUUGACCAGCUCCUCAAUGCUCUUGCGCCACUUCGUAAGACUUUGUCUAUAGGAGAUGAAGUGCGGGAAUUUUAUGAAAACUUGUUCGAUGCGCUUUGUGUUGCUUUGACAGCCACACCCAACAAAAAGGCAUUCCACGAUGCGGAAGGAGUCGAGUUGAUGUGUUUGAUUAUGAAGGCGUCGAAGGGUUUUGUGAGAUUGCGCUGUGUAAAGCUGAUUAAUCAUGCCACAUCGGGACCGAGAGGGUCGAAGAAUUGUACAAGAUUUGUCGAAUGUCAAGGACUGAAGGUUUUGUUCCAUUCGCUGGGCAAUGAACAUGUAACAGUGCAAGAUGAGGACAAUGUCUUGGAAAUCAUCGCAUCGCUGCUCAAUAAUCUAGCAAGUGAUUCGGUCGAGCGCAUCCGGCUAAUCUCUAAAUUUGUUGAGAAAGAGUACGAAAAGCUGGACAGGCUGGUAGAAGUACACUUUGCAGCAAGAAAUCGAUUGCAAAAUGUUGAGGUCGAGCUACGCAAAGAGCUUGCACAAAUCAACGAUGAAGAUUUGGAUGAAGAAGAAUGGGAAGCAGACGCAUACAUUCGAAGAUUGGACGGAGGAAUGUUUACACUACAAUUAGCCGAUUAUUGUUUGGCCUGGCUAAUAAUGGAAGAUGAUGGUAUUCAGAAACACGUAAAGCUUUUGUUUGAUCGGAAAGAAUCCACCCUUGAUGAUGUGGUCAAGACACUUCAACAAUACCACGCAAAUGUUGGAGAAGAGGUCGUUAUCUCUGAGCCGGAACAUGAUGAUGAGGAGCCCCUGCGGCUGACAGAUGUUCUCGUUCAGUUGGUAAACUACAUCCUACCAAUCAUCUAGAUAAGACUCAUUGUACAAUAGAAGGCUAUUUUUGACAAUCAUCAUUGCUAUUUUACA